CCUUAGUUCCCGCUUGGACCAAGAAAAAUUAGCAUCUGUCUCCCUCUUUUGUCUUCUUUAUCUUUGUCUGUCACACCUUGAAUUCUAUGCAAAUAAGCACCUUGACUGAAUUUGUGUGUGCGUGUGUGUGUGUGUGAGGGAGACAGAGAUAGAGAGACCAAAUGGAGAACAGGAGCAAUAAUGUGUCUCAGAAAGAGGGCAAAGCCAAAGUUGGGAAGCCCCCGACCAGGCUACAGAAGCAGGCCCCAGCAUCUCUCCAGCUUGACAAGGUUGCUGUCUAUGGUGAAACUUCGAAGGCAAUUCCAUUUCUGUCGCCACUCAUUCUAUCCCCACAACCAUUGCCGGAGACAUUAGAAAUACGAUCGGGGAAGAGUGGCAGUAAUGAGGAAGAAGACAAUGGUGCGAAGAGAAGUAAAGCCUUACCACCUGGGGGUGGGUGGCAACAUCCGGCUGUGCCCGUCUUCACUGAGCCUGAGGCCUUGUUUACUUGCUUUCAAUCACAGUGCUUGCUGGUGGACAAUGUGCAGUGAUAUUUUGUUGCCAGUGAUUUGCAGAUAGGGAUCCUCCCCUAGCUCCCUCCCCCACUCGACCAUUGAUCUUUUUCUGCUUGUUUUGCUUCAUUUUUCUUGAAUAUGGCAUCCACGGAUGGCUUUCAUCCUUGAUUUCUGCAAGAAAGAUGUGAGGUUGUUUCCAACUAAUGAAUUUACACACAUUCGUCAAACACAUUUUAUAUAUUUUAAGUGAAAAUUUUGAUUUUAUUAUAUGUUAAAAUUUAAAAAAUAUUGAUAU